CAAGUGAGCGAGCCAGCGAAUAUGAAACCCUGGAAGUCCCUGAUUCCGGUCCCUUCUCCUUGUGAGCACUCACACGCUUACUAGAGGACGAGGACGCCCCAUAAGCAGCUGCAGCACAUCUUUUUUGAGACUUCUUUUGUUUUGUGGAGUACCUGAAAGCGUCCCUUAUCCAAAGCCACCAUGAAAGCCACCAUAUUUUUCAGUCUCUUGACCUUUUUAGCUCAUUCCAGAGGCCAGUACCACUACCAGGGCCUGAUGAACUACCUGGAAAACAGGAUGCUUGCUAUGGAGGAACGCAUUGCCCUGUGGCAUGAACAGAACAACCGCUACAACUCCGACCUGAAGGAAUUCAGGCAGCAGGCCGUAGACCUGUUGGAGAAGUUGGGCAAAGAGCACAGUAAACUGCGUUCCGACAUGGAGGGCGCAGGAGCACGGGUCGACCGCGUGGAGCGUGAGAUGGACUAUAUUGAAACCAAGAAUCCACCUAAGCCUUGUGUGAAAGCAGCAGACAAAAUGGUGGAACAGGACGCAGUUUUCAAAGAGAGGAAGAAGGAAGAGUUCUUUGAGCUGUCUGUGUGCGUGAACAUUGUAUCCAGUCUAAAAGCAAUGAAAAUCCUUAAAAGGUUGGGGAGCCCGAAAGGUGUUUGGACCAAAGAUGCCAGGUCAGCAAAAGUCUACAUCUUUAACGGUACAUCCGACAACACGCUGUACGAAUUCAACUCCGUGCGAGAGCUCUCUGCAUCAUCAGGCAUGUCUAAAGGCAGGCAGAUCACCGUUCCCACCGCUUGGAAUGGGACCGGUCAUGCAGUCUACGAUGGCUUUCUCUAUUAUAUUAGUGAAAGUUCAGAGCUCCAAGUUAUUAAAUAUGACCUCAAGAACGAUUCGGUUGCAGACAGUGCAGUGCUUCCCAUGGAGGACCGCAGCCCGGUGUACCAACUCAAUCCAGAGACGCUGGUGGACCUGGUGGUGGAUGAGGAUGGGCUGUGGGCACUGUAUCCAGCUGGAGACACUAUCAAUCUUGCUAAGAUGGACUCUAACUCUCUGGACAUAGAACAGAUGUGGGACACUGCGUGUCCAAGAAACAACGCUGAAGCUGCUUUUAUUGUCUGCGGCACAGUCUAUGUGGUUUACAACACCAAGCCGGCGAGCCGCUCGCGUGUGCAGUGUGUGUUCGAUGUGAAUGACAUGGUUAGCAGCGGCGAAGCCCCUCUGAUUUAUUUCCCCAGGCGCUUCGGGGCCCAUUCCAGCCUCAAAUACAAUCCUGAGGAGCGGCAGCUCUAUGCAUGGGAUGAUGGGUACCAGAUUCUGUAUAAACUAGCGCUGAAGAAGAAGCUAUGGGCGAUAAUGCCACCACCUGAGGAAUAGUGGACCUCUUUAGCUCUUUAGGGCUUUAUUUUCCUGGCUACAAAACAUUACUGAAAAUGAAAAUCCUGUCAUCAUUUACUCACCUUCAUGUUGGUCUUAUGACUAUGACUUUAUUUCUUUCAUGGAACUAAAUUGGAAAAAUGUUGAAGAAUAAAUUUCUUUCCAGACAGCAAUAUUAGUGUCGGCCCAGAUGUGGCCCAGAUUUGGGCCGACACUAUGUUGCUUUCUGGGAUUAGGAGGCAUUCAACCGCCAAAAGGGACUCGAAACCACCAUAAAAGUCAUCUUCUCUGAGUUAGAACUUUUACAUGAACUGGCUAAUCCAGGUCACAAAACCAGUCUGAAUGAUUUGUUCACAACUGAAUCUGUUCUCAAGUUCAAUUCACUGAGUCAUUGAGUUGGUUCACUGAAUUAUAUGUUAAUGUUAAACAACUUAAAUUUGGUUGUAAUUCUCACAUAAAGCUAUCAUGACUUUUUGUGAAAAAACAGACAAUUUUUUUUAUAGAAAUAUGAAUCUGAAGUUGAAUAAUGGUUUGAAUAAAACUCUUUUUCCACAAUAUAGAAUUCAUUUUAAAUGUUCACAUAAAGUUAUUAUAUGACUUCAUAAGACUUGAAAUAUAGUGGCUUAUAUAAUUUGGAAUGACAUCAGGGCAAGUAAAUGAUGGCAUAUGUUUAAUUUUUGGGUAAACUAAUCAUUUGCCUUUAUCAACGCGCAAAUAUAUUGCUUUUGUUGCACAUUUUUUAAAAUAUGAGACAAUAUGCAGUCUCUAUAAUGUAACCCUCUAUUUGUGAUUUGAUGACAGAAGUUCACAAGAGUGAAAGAGAAGCAACUCUGUCCUUGAAAUGGCUGAAACAAUAUUUUAUUUUGGCAUUUUUUAAAUACAAGAACCUUUUCAAACAUUACAAGUCAUUUUGCAAGUACAAAUGAUCAAUACAAAAUUAGAAAGUUGUUCAGAUUCACAAGGGGGCAGAAACAGGUUGUUAAAACACCAGCACACAUACGUUAGUGAUGAGGUAAAGAACCAGAUCUAAACCUUAUUAACUUUACAU